AUGCUUCGGGCAAUCGAAAACGGUUUGCGCUGGGCAGUCACCACCGAUGAGCGACGAUGCUACGCGUACUUCAAAUCCCAGACCAUCUCCACACUCUCCGGCUUCUUCGAUUCGCCCCUCUGGCAGGAGAUCCUGCCCCAGCGAAGCCUCUCAGACCCCGCAGUUUACCACGCUGUUGUAGCGUUGAGUGCCGUGCACCAGGAUCUUGAGAUACACGGCUUACCGUUACCGGGGGAGGACCUGCAGAAUGAUUGGAAUCGCUUCGCGCUCGAUCAGUGUGCACGUUCGUUUUCUCUGCUCAGUCGACGUCAUGCUUCGCUUGAUCCGCGGUUUCGCGAGGUUAUGCUUUUGUGCUGUCUGCUGUUUGUUCUUACGCAGCUACUGCGGAGCCAGUAUGAUGAGGCUUUUCGGCAUUUACAGUGUGGGUUGAGGAUUCUGAAUGAGAUGAAAGAGGAUUCGCUUGAGACGCACGUUGAGCAGUGUAUCGUCGCGGCGUUCACCAACCUGGAAAUUCAAUCUCUUCAGUAUGGGGCUUGCGAGGUUGUGCUGGAGAAUAACAGGAUCGAGACGCAAAUAUGCUCUUUUGAGGCUCCGCCAGUCUUUUCCAAUUUCCAAGAGGCUCGCAGGUCACUCGACUCCAUCUUGGGCGCGGUGUUUCGGUUCCUUACACGGUGCGGCGGCCUAUCAGAAGAGGAAAUCCUCUCAGACUACGCGGCAUUGCACCAGAAGCAACUCGAGCUUCUGUCUCAAUACAGUCAAUUCGAGACCAGCUUUGACUCGUUUUGCGCAUCGAGAACUUUCAACGCAAAGGAGCAAAGAGGCGCUGAUAUGAUGCGGCUCGUGCAACGCAGUCUCGCGCUGACUGUCAAGACAUGCCUCCUCCGCGAUGAGACUGCACUAAACUACUAUACGUCAGAGCAUGAAUUGCACAUUUCAAUGGUGGAGGAGAUCAUGAGCAGGUUUCCCGACCGCCCAAGCGUGACCCUCGACAUCGGCAUCAUUCCACCUCUGUACUCGGCCGCCAUGUGGUGUCGGGAUCACAGUGUGCGACGCCGCGCGAUUGCCGUCCUGAAAUCCUGGCCCCACCGCGAGGGCUCUUUCGAGUCCGAGUGGGCUGCUUGGGUAGCCUCGGAGCAGAUCAAGGCCGAGACGAUGUCUAAUAAUCUUCCAGAAUGCGGAACAACGACUGAUUCCUAUAGCCGCCAUUCCAAGGCGGACAAGGGAAGGUGGACAGGCGUCGAGAUUAGUGGCUUUUCGCUUGAACAUGCUUUGAACUCUACGAAAUGCAUGGAAAGGUGGCCUUGCGUCCGGGCAAUCCAUCAAGCUAGGGCCGGCAUGCUCAACUUUUCUCCCAAUGCGCCGUGUCUGCCUCCGUUGCCAGAAAGCGCUUUUGCUACUUAUGCGCACGAGAAACCAGCUGAAGUGGUGGUUCGCAUCUAA